AGGAAGUGGAAAGGUCCCCAGAAUAAUAACAAGCAGAAGCAGCAAGCUAAUCGACCACAAUUUCCAGCUUGUGGCAAAUGUGGGCGUAGUCAUCCAGGAGAAUGUUUAGCAGGGCAGAAUAUUUGCUUUUUCUGUAGGAAGCCUUGUCAUAAUCUAAAGGAAUGUCCAGAUAGGCAACAACAGAGGAAUCAGGGGCAGCCUCAGCAGCAGAGGGCAGGACCUCAAGCUCAAGUGUAUGCUGUGGAGCAAGUUCAGGCAGAACAGAACCCAGGUACUAUGUCUGGGAUGAUUAUUCUGAACGAUAUUCCUAUUUUUGCAUUGUUUGAUACGGGAGCGACGCAUUCGUUCGUGUCAAAACGAUGUAUAGAAAUCAUAGGAGCUAAAUUCAUUAACACUGUUGACCCUCUUGAGGUAAGCUUAGCCUCAGGACGGAAAAUAGUGACGAUUCCUACUCAGGCUACAGUGGUCGCGCAGUUCCGCGACUAUCAUGCCGAAAAGUUCUCAGGGCAGGGAGAUCCUCGCAUAGUUGACGAGUGGAUUCAAGGCUUGGAGUUUAUCUUCGAGGUCAUGGAGUGCCCUGAGAGAUAUCGCGUCAUUUGCGCUCAGCUUCAGCUCACCGGUGAUGCCAGGCUCUGGUGGAACGCUUACUGGAGCAUGCGUCCCGGCGAAAAGGCAGGUUGUACGUGGGAGAUGUUCAAGGAGUUAGUCCACGAGAAGUACUAUCCCACAUACUACCUAGCCGAGAUGGAGCGUCAGUUUCUAUCGCUCCAGCAGGGUACUCGUACUGUUGACGAGUACGAGAGGGAAUUCACGAGACUUGCAGCUUUU